AGGACUUGGUGCAAGAUGGCGCAAAUAGAACGAAAACUGCAAUAAGGAUAGUCAUAUUUUAAAGAACGUGUACACAAGAACUGUUGUCUAGUUAUUAUACUAACGUCUAAGUCAAUAUCUGCUAAAGCUUAACCGUUUCAAACAAAAUGGAGGAUGAAGAAACAGCCCUGGCCUUAAUCAAGUUUUAUUGUUAUGAAAAGUACUUCAGUCAUGCCGUAAACGCCUCAUCAGCUGCUCAAAGGAAGUACGGCCACCAUCCCAUCUAUGUGUUUUUCCACGCUUACGGGACUCUUAUGCAAGGACAAAUUGAAGAAGCUACUGCAGAUCUGGACACAAUAAGAGGUGAUCGGGACCUGUCCCUCAGCACAUUAAUGGCUCUCGUAUAUGCUGAGAAAAGAAAACCUAACCCUGACAGAGAAGUUAUUCAGGAACUUGAUGCUAAGGUCAAAGAGGAUCGAAAAAGUGCACCUCCCAAGAGUCUGUACCAUGCUGGCACUUUUCUGUGGCUGUUAGGGCGUAAUGAUAAAGCAAGGGAGUACACAGAAAGAAUGAUCAAACUCUCCAAUGGCUCUAGUGAGGGGAUCAUCCUGAAAGCUUGGAUAGAUGUAACAUCUGGGAAAGAUGCAUAUGCCAGAAAGGCUGGAAAAUACUUCGAUGAGGGGCUGAAAGAGAGAACAGAUGUUUUUGCCCUGAUGGGAAAGUCACAAUACUACGAAUAUCGUCAGAACUACUCUGGAGCAUUAGAGAUGGUUAACCAGGUCAUAGUGAGUUUCCCUGGGUUCUUACCUGCUCUCAUCAAGAAAAUGAAAUUAUUGCUGAAUCUUCAAGACUGGGACCAAACCAUAGAUGCAGCACAAAGGCUUUUACAGAAAGAUCAAAAUAACCUGGAGGCACUGCGGAUACUAGCCCUACACGCUUUGUGUAGAGACGGUGAUAUCACUGAGGCUGUAAAGCACCUCUCAAACGUCAUCAGCAGCCUAGACAUACUGGAGCCAAACAACCCUGAGCUGUACUACAGGAUGUCUCUCGCCUUCACACGUGUUUGUGGGCGCAAUGAGAAAGUGAUCGAGCAGACAUCCAGAAUGGUGGAAAGAGCCUUUGCUGUGGCAUCAGAGGACCCGGAUUUCGCCACCGAGUUAGGUUACCAGAUGGUGCUUCAAGGCAGAAUCAAGGAAGCCAUGAAGUGGUACAAGACUGCUAUUACCAACAGGGAGAAAGCUAGCGUCUCGGCUUUGACUGGCAUAGCUUGUUGUCAGCUUAUAGAGGGCCAACUUGAAGAUGCUGAACAGCAAUUGGAAUUUCUCACAGAGAUUCAGCAAUCAAUUGGAAAAUCAGCGGACCUUCUGUACCUAAAUGCAGUGUUAUCGCUUAAAAAGCGCCGCUCCCCGGAGGAGGUGACCAACCUGCUGAAUGAUGCGGUGGACACACACUUCUCUUCUCUUCAGGGUCUGCCCCUGGGAGUAGAAUACCUGGAGAAAAUGAACCCGGACUUUCUGUUAGAGAUUGUGAAAGAGUAUCUUGCACUGUGUCCUUCUAAGCCUCCUGCCCCUGGCCAGCCUCCUGCACCUCAGCUUCAGCACUGUGCCACGUUGUUGGAUACUGUGGUCAAGAUAGUGCCUGGUCUCCUGCAAGCUGUCUUCAUGUUAGCCAAAGUCAGAUAUCAGUCAGGUGACAUUGAAGCUGCUCAGAGCAGUCUACAGCACUGCUUAGACCACUGUCCGUCUCAUGCCGAUGCACAUUUGUUAAUGGCCCAGAUCCACCUGCUGCAGGGUAACAUGAUGCUGUGCACCCAGUCUCUUGAGCUCUGCCUCAGCCAUAACUUUGAGAUUCGAGACCAUCCUUUGUACCAUCUGAUUAAGGCUCAGGCUAUGAAGAAAAUGGGCGACCUUGCAGAGGCUGUUCAAACAUUGCAGAUGGCUCUGAGUCUUCCAGGUAUUCGCAGAGCUGGAUCAUCAUCCAAGUCAAAGCACAAGAAGACAGAACUUAGCUCUGCUGACUGCGUAUCUGUCUUCUUGGAGUUAGCUGAGGCUCUCUGGCUUAGCGGAAAACAGCAUGAAGCAGCAAAGGUGAUGCAGGAUGCCAUCAAUGAGUUUUCCGGAACUUCUGAGGAGCUUCGGGUCACUAUUGCUAAUGCAGAUCUGGCCCUGUUGCGUGGUGACACAGAGCUGGCACUGAGUAUGCUGAGGAACAUUACUCCUGAACAACCCUAUUACAUCCAAGCAAAAGAGAAAAUGGCUGACAUAUAUCUGAAGCACAGAAGAGAAAAGCGACUUUAUGCAAGCUGUUACAGAGAAAUGGUUGAGAAGCUCCCCAGCCCCCACACGUAUCUCUUACUUGGGGAUGCUUACAUGAACAUUCAGGAGCCUGAAAAAGCCAUCGAGGUUUACGAGCAUGCCCUCACGAGCAACCCCAAAGAUGGCACUUUAGCCAGUAAGAUUGGGAAAGCCCUCGUUAAGACUCAUAACUACGUCAAGGCCAUAAAUUACUAUGACGCAGCCCUGAAGACUGAGCAGCAGAGCUUCCUGCGCUAUGACCUGGCUGAACUUUUGAUGAAGAUGAAGCAAUACGAGCGCUGUGAGAAAGUCCUGCAUGACGCUCUGGCUCAUGAACCAGUGAAUGAGCUACCCGCGCUGUCAGACGACUGCCGUUAUCUGGUCCUGUUGGCAAAGGUCCAAAACAAAGUUGAAAAAAAUGAGGAAGCUUUACUUUCUCUACAAAGAGCCCGCGAUGUGCAGGCCAAGGUGUUGAAGCGCGUGCAGUUGGAGCAGCCUGACGCUGUCCCCACACAGAAACAACUUGCUGCUGAGAUCUGUGCCGAGAUCGCCAAACACUAUGCAAGUCAGAGGGGCUAUGAGAGAGCAGUCAAAUUCUACAAAGAAGCUCUUGUGUAUUGUGAGACAGAUCGCAAGGUGAUGCUGGAGUUGGCACGAUUGUAUCUCAGUCUGGACGAGGGCGAUGCAUGCCAGGAGCAGUGCAGUGUCAUUUUGAAGAAUGACCAGUUUAAUGAAGACGCAACUCUGAUGAUGGCAGACAUUAUGUUCAGGAAGCAGGACUAUGAACAGGCAGUGUUUCAUUUUCAACAACUGCUUGAGCGCAAACCAGAUAACUACCCAACCCUGUCACGCCUUAUCGACCUGUUGAGGAGGGCUGGGAAACUGGAAGAAGUCUCCAGGUUUCUGGAUAUGGCUGAGAAACAUUCUUCCAGGACUAAAUUUGACCCUGGGUUUAACUACUGCAAAGGACUUUAUCUUUGGUACACAGGAGAGCCAAAUGACGCUCUUCGACACUUCAAUAAGGCUCGGAAAGAUAAUGACUGGGGCCAAAACGCUGUGUAUAACAUGAUUGAAAUCUACCUUAAUCCUGACAAUGACACAAUCGGCGGAGAGGUGUUUGAGAAUUUAGAGGGUGAAAUCGGCAACUCCACAGAGAAGCAGGAGUCCGAGCAGCUUGCUGUGAGAACAGCAGAAAAGCUGCUCAAAGAGAUAAAGCCUCAGACGCCAGGCGGACACGUACAGCUCCGCAUCCUGGAGCACUACUGCCUGCUUGCAACUAAACAGAAGGCUAGUAUAGAGAAAGCCCUCGCUGUUUUCACAGAGGUUGCAAACAAUGAGAAAGACCAUGUUCCAGCACUGCUGGCCAUGGCAACCGCUUACAUGAUGCUAAAGCAGACCCCUCGAGCCAGGAACCAGCUCAAACGCAUAGCUAAGAUGAACUGGAACAUUGCUGAUGCUGAUGAGUUUGAGAAGAGCUGGCUGCUCCUGGCAGACAUAUACAUCCAAUCGGGGAAGUUCGACAUGGCUGGGGACCUUCUAAAGCGAUGCCUCAAUCAUAACAAGUCCUGCUGCAAAGCUUAUGAAUAUCAGGGCUACAUAAUGGAAAAAGAGCAGGCGUUCCGUGAUGCUGCACUCAACUAUGAACUGGCGUGGAAAUAUGGAAAUCGCACAAACCCAACUAUUGGAUAUAAGCUGGCUUUCAACUAUUUAAAAGCAAAAAGGCACGUUGAUGCGAUUGAUGUUUGCCAUAAGGUUCUUGCUGCUCAUCCAAAUUACCCAAAAAUGAGAAAGGAAAUCCUGGACAAGGCUCGUGCUGCUUUAAGAUCAUAAUCAGCGACUCAUGUCCAAAGCCUGCUUGCUCUCCACUACAGUAGGAUGACAGCUCUUCGCAGAGUCCUCCGGAGGCGCCUGCACCCCCUUAAGCUGGCCGCAGUGGCCCUCGUCUUUGUCACAUUCGUGUUCUUGAUACAACGGGAGGUGGGCACUGAAAGCCAACAGGAGGAACCGUGGCUAAAGGAGAUGGCAGUGAAGCGGGACGCCAUGCUGGGGAUGGUGAUGGGAGCUGUCAAUAACUUCAGGGAUGCGAUGCCAAAAAUGCAGAUCAAAGCCCCCAUACGGCUACAGGGCUCACCGGGCGAUGCCUCCUGCCCGCCGGGUCACUACACGGCCGCUGAGCUCAGGCCAGCUCUGGACAGGCCGCCUCAGAACCCCCUCUCUCCGGGAGCUGCGGGGAAGCCUUUCCUCACAAACUCGCUGAGCCCCGAAGAGCAAAAGGAGAAGGAGAGGGGUGAAGAGAAACACUGCUUUAACCUGUAUGCAAGUGACCGCAUCUCAUUAAGCAGAGACCUGGGCGCGGACACAAGACCACCUGAAUGUAUUGAGCGAACCUUCAAGCGAUGCCCCCCCUUGCCGACCACCAGCGUGAUAAUUGUGUUUCACAACGAGGCCUGGAGCACCCUGCUGAGAACAGUAUACAGUGUCCUCCACACCUCACCUGCCAUUCUCCUCAAGGAGAUCAUCCUGGUAGAUGACGCCAGCGUGGAUGAUGUAUUAAAAGACGAGCUGGACGAGUAUCUGAAGCAGCUGGACAUUGUGCGAGUGGUCCGCCAGCAGGAAAGGAAAGGACUCAUAACUGCCCGGCUGCUGGGUGCCUCUGUGGCCACCGGUGACACGCUAACCUUUCUCGAUGCCCAUUGUGAGUGCUUUAAGGGGUGGCUGGAGCCUCUACUGGCGAGGAUAGCUGAGAACUACACCGCAGUCGUGAGUCCAGAUAUCACCACCAUAGAUCUCAAUACCUUUGAGUUCAUGAAACCGUCCCCGUAUGGCCAGAACCACAACCGAGGCAACUUUGACUGGGGUCUGGCUUUUGGCUGGGAGAGUCUGCCAGAUCACGAAAAACGUAGGAGGAAAGAUGAAACGUAUCCGAUCAAGACUCCAACAUUUGCCGGUGGACUCUUCUCCAUCUCCAAAGAUUAUUUCUAUCGCAUCGGAAGCUACGAUGAAGAAAUGGAAAUCUGGGGUGGUGAGAAUAUUGAAAUGUCAUUUAGGGUGUGGCAGUGCGGUGGCCAGCUGGAGAUCAUCCCUUGCUCCAUUGUCGGUCACGUUUUCCGCACCAAAAGCCCGCACACCUUCCCCAAGGGGACGCAAGUGAUUGCUCGCAACCAGGUACGGCUGGCCGAGGUCUGGAUGGAUCAGUACAAGGAGAUCUUCUACCGUCGGAACCAGCAAGCGGCACAAAUUGCAAAAGAUGGAAAUUUUGGAGAUAUAUCCAAACGUACGGACCUCAGAGAACGGCUGCAAUGCAAAGGCUUUUCUUGGUAUUUGAAGAACGUCUAUCCAGAAGUCUUCAUGCCUGAUCUCAACCCACUCCGCUUUGGCUCGGUGAAAAAUGUGGGCAAAGACUCAUGUCUGGAUGCUGGAGAGAACAAUGAGGGUGGGAAAGAGCUCAUUAUGUACCCAUGUCAUGGACUAGGAGGAAACCAGUAUUUUGAAUACUCCACACGUCACGAGAUUAGGCACAACAUUCAGAAGGAGCUGUGUUUGCACGGGGCAAAGGGAGCCGUGAAGCUGGAUGACUGCCAGUACAAAGGCAUGAACACAUUUGUAGGAACAGAACAAAAAUGGGAGCUGAGAGAUAACCAGUUGAUCUACUUACCAGGAUGGAACAUGUGCCUCACUGCUCGUCACGAGCAUCCCUCUCUGGCCCCCUGCAGCCCCUCAGAUAGAUACCAGCACUGGUCCUUCGUUUGAGAUCACUUUGGACUCCAGUAUUCUUUUAUGUAUACUGUUUUUUUUAUUUUUUUUAUAGAGUAAUGAUUGUAUUGAGUUUUUAAUUUAUUUUUAUAUAUGGAAGAAGUCAACUGCUGCUGCUGGGAAAUCUCAACUCUUGAGGAAACCGUAACAUGCUAGUGCUACAAGGAGGCCUCCGAUUCUUCACACAGGGAAGUUGCACUACGCCGACUAGGCUCUUUUUUGGGUACAACGAUGAAUUCAUUCCGCCAAGGUUUCUCGACGAAAAUAUGCAUUAUAUUUGGUGUUUAAAGCCCAAUGAGAACAGAGACUUCAAGCAACAGGUUUCUGCUGGUGAAACUAAAAUCCCCAAUGUGAUGCACCAAAGAGACGGACAGUGAAAACUUCCGUCAAGAAUGUCUCAAGAAUGAUGUGCAUCGUGCCUUUGCACAUUUUUUUUAAAUGGAAGACCUCCUGUUGUGGGUGGCCCUAUCCCUUGGAUAUAAUGUUUUCAUUUCUUGAUGAGAAACUGAUUGGAGUUUUGGUGGCGGUAUGGUAGGUUUUAACUAAUUUCAAGAGAAACCUAGUUUUGGCUGCUACAGUCCAUAAACCUCAGUUAAUUCUUCAAGUAAUCUAUUUCUAAUCAUAAAAUCAGUGUAAUCAGAAGGUUAAAUAAGAAGGAAGGUUGAUUUAAUGCCUCUUUGGGUCAGUGAAUUAGGGAAAGUGAGUGGGGUCUUAACACAACAGAAUUCUUUGUAAACAGAAGCAGGCAAGCGCCAUGAGUAAUGUUUAAGAUAAUUCCUUCUUUAACAUUUAUUAGCAGGGGUCAGCAUAUUUAAGUAUUAUUUAAAGGGUUACGCUUUGGUGUUUUUAAAAGUGAACUUUUAGUUAAACAAAUAUUGCACCCAAUGGACUUUGUGUGUGCAUCCAUAGCCUGAAAACUCAUCGAAGAGCGAGUCCACAAACUUUUGUCUGGUGCAGGCACUGGUGUUUAAAUGGCUGUGAAAUAUAGUUUGACUGGUUAAUAAUCAGGUUCAAUGUGUUUUGCCUUUUUCAAAUAGACACUGCC